UGUCUCUUCCUGUCUAGAUGAGUGCUAUUUGAAUGCUGGGAGCAUAUGUGCAAAUCGUGAUUUUAUUAGUACUCAUCAGAGUCAUAGCCGUAACUGUCAAGAAGGUCAACAACACAAUAAAAGGCAAUAAACUCCAGGGCGUAGCUGUAUUCCUAAUCAAAAUACACAAAGUUCAUGACACAGAAGGCUAGCAAGACAUAAAGAACCAGAAAAGACCAAGGAUCCGUUUAUUUUUUCACUUAGGAAAUUAGGAGUCCACAGAUUGCAAGGCAGGUUCGGCAAUAAUGACGAUGAAAAAGAUGACAGCGGUGGUGCUGGUGAUUUGACAUCCCGUUCUGCAACUGAGAAGUGUGGAAUAUUAUCAAGCCCAGCAGUGACUGUCUUGUCAGGAUGUUCAGAUUCUUUAUAAGAUUGUAGAAUUUCAGUCCUCCACCAGGCAGCCUCACUGGGGAGGAAAAAACAGCAGAUCUAAAGCCUCAAGGCUGGAGAGCCUGUUUUUUAUCAGCACACCAUAACGACGGAACCAUGUAGAGAUAUUUUCUGCUCAUAAGGGGUGUGGGUUAGCUUUCUAGUUCCUUUUAAGGUUAAUUUGUUUGAUUUAUGUCUUUGUUUCUUUUUCUGAGUUAAAUUUCUGAACCAGACUACCACAUAAAAAUGGUUCUGCACACAUCCCCCUACCCAAGUGCCUUUCUAAGUUCUCUCAACAACCUGUCCUGGGCCUUGGUUUUCCCCUGUUACUGGAUGCUGGACAGGCUCAUGGCCUCAUGUGUGGCCACGUCACUUGAAAAGCGAAGGCGCUCACAGGACCCCUGCUCCUUUCUGGCUCUAGGGAUGUUAAUUUCUACACCGCUGUACCUAGUACUGCUCCUGGCCUCACUACCGUUUGCCCUGCUGGGAUUCCUGGUCUGGGCACCUCUGCAGGCAUCCCGCCACCCAUAUAUCUACUCAUACCGCAAACCAGACAAAAAUCAGGCUGAGCAUGGUAACGUUGCAGGAUCUGGGGCAGGGAUUCGUGAAUGGCGCCCACAAGGCCGCAGUUUCUGCUUCGGCAGUGCCAACGUGUGCCUUCUUCCGGACUCGCUGGCUCGCUUGAACAACUUGGCAGACACGCAGCGCAGGGCGCGAGAGGUGGGCAAACGCAUCCGUAACGGUGCGAGCCGACCACAGAUCAAGAUCUACAUUGAUUCUCCUACGAACACCUCAAUUAGCGCUGCAUCCUUCUGCAGCGUGGCCACGCAAGGCUUCCGACGUACAUCCUCAUUAGACCAGCGUCCUGAACCAGCAACAGUAAGUGAUGGUGACAGUGAUCCUGUUGCAGAGUGUCCUGUGCAUUCAUCAGGUGGAACAAGUUCAGAUUGCCCCGUCCAUAACACCCAAAGUGUUCCUGAAUGUCCCUUGCACGCUAAUGGGGAAGAAGCAUCUUCAGAUUGUCCAAUCCACCAACCAGCAGAUAUGCAGGAAUCCAGUGAUUGUCCAGUCCACUCCACCACAGUGGUCACAAACUCAGAAGAAUGUCCCUUGCAUCCGUCUGGGGUCCAAAUCAGCAUCACAUCGCCUGACCCUGAACCUUCUGAGGCCGAAUUCCGAAAUCAUCGGUCCAGUGAGGGAGACAUAGGCAGCUUGCAAAGUCGCACUGCCUCCCGCGAGUCCUUGACCCGUUUCCAUGGUGCCACAGAUGGGGGAAUACCAUCCAAUAAUACACUCUCACAGCACCGUGCCUCUUUCUUCAAAAGGCCUGUUGGCCGCAAACGUCGACAUGGGGACGAUGGCUUUGACCACGAGAUCUCAGCCUUUUUUCCUGCCAAUUUGGAUUUCCUGUGCCUGCAGGAAGUGUUUGACAGACGGGCAUCGGAACGACUUUGCUGUCAGCUGCACCGCUACUUCCCAUAUGUCCUGAGUGACGUGGGACGCUAUGGCUGGAAGGGUUGCUGCUCAAGAUUCAAGUUCCUAAACAGUGGCCUCGUCCUGGCCAGCCGCUACCCCAUCCUGGAUGCACAUUUCGAGUGUUAUCCCAAUGGCCGUGCGGAGGAUGCACUUGCUUCCAAAGGUGUUCUCUAUGCCAAGGUCCAGGUGGGCACCUCGCAUCAGGAGCAGAGGAUUGUAGGGUACAUCGCCUGCACCCACCUUCACGCUAUCGAAGGCGAUGCAUCGGUGCGUUGCGAGCAGUUAGAUCUGCUCCUGCAGUGGGGCGCUGAGUUUAGGAGGGCCACGUCUCAAUCCGCAGGUCAGGAGAAAGGUAUGGAGGACCAGGUGGCCUUUGACGUCAUCCUCGGAGACAUGAACUUCGAUAACUGCUCCUCAGAGGAUAAGUUGGAGCAGCAGCACGCUAUAUUUACUCAGUACAGAGAUCCGUGUCGUCUGGGGCCUGGAGAGGACAAACCGUGGGCUUUGGGUACCCUGCUGGACACGAGUGGUUUGUAUGAUGAAGAAGUCAGCUCGCCAGAGAGUCUACAAAAGGUUAUGGAGAAUGAAGAAGGCAGAAAGGAGUACUUGGUUUUCCCAACGAGUAAGAACCAGUGUCCGAGUCAGAAGGGACGUAAGAUCCCGCUGAAGGGAAAUGGACGCAGGAUCGACUACAUCCUGUACAGAGAGGAAGGCGUGUACGCCGACUGGAAAGUGGACAUUGAGGAGUUCAGUUUCAUCACUCAGCUGGCCGGACUGACCGAUCACCUCUCUGUGGCAGCGCGACUUGCCGUGUCUACAGGGGAGGAAGAGUCAUAAAUCCAGUUUCCUGUUACACAAUGCCACGGACAGAGCGAGAGAGAGAAAGCAGAACUAAAUCCUUCCCAACUGCGGAGUGGAAAGGAAAAUAAGUGUGUGACGUUUUAAAUCUUGCCUCACCCUCAUCAGUGACAGCAUGGAGGCACGGCAUCAAACACAAACACCCACAUACACCCACGCUCACCCACACAUACACCCACACACACACACACACACACAAAACACAGAUGGGCAUACUGUCCUCUGUUUUACCCAGAGACACACAGUGAUCUCACUCUCUCACUUCCUCUUUUGGGUCUCUCUACAUUCACACUCGAGAGUGAGAGUUUACAUCCUUAUCGUGCUUUAUAACACAAGUUUGGCUCACCUCUGCUACUUUCACUUCUCCAUGGCCUACGAAUUGAGGAGAACACUUAUUUUUUUGUGCCAUGACUCGAGGAAGUUUUACAGGGAAGCCUAGAUUCAGAGUAUUGCAUGUCCCGAUGAUUAAAUGAGACCUUUCCCUUUAGCUCUCCUCAAGAACCUCAGCGAGAAGUUUCUUUCUUUUCUAACCUCUUUCUAGACCUUUCUAUGGCUGAGCGCGCCGUCUUUGUAGAGCGCUUGUACAGAGUCACCUGUUGCGAAUGGACUCGACUCUGAUCUAUAACUACAAUCAGAAUAAUUAACUCUUGUAUUUCUAGCGGUUUAUUGUAGCCAAUCUUUGAACUACAGUAGUGAUACCGUGUGUGUGUGGGUGUGGGUGUGUGUGUGUGUGCGUGUGCGCAAUGAGAGAUGGGUUUAACUGUAAAUUUAAUCUCCUGUUGAAGAUUUUUAACUGUUUGAUAAAUGCACAGCCAUGAGAAACCACCGUCAUAAUCACAAAAUCCUGAAAAUGGUUCAAAGAUUCCACGGGUUCUUGGUCUCUCACAAAUCUUAUCAGUCUCACACACACACAUACACACACACACACACAGACACAGACACAUUCUCAUGCGCUGUCUCACACACACUGUUUUUUUUUUCUUCAGUAUUGCUAAAGUAAUUAUUUUCAAAUUGAAUUUGAUCAGCCAACCAAUCAAAUUUGAUCUUAUGACAUCAUUCCCAAUCUUUCUUUUCAUUCACUUGAGCAUAAAUACUGGUUUAGCAUAGAAGUUUAGCACUAGCUAACCUAGCAAGUCAUUUAAAUGCAUUACUGAGGUAAUGUUAUCCACCUAACUAGUUAGUUUAGCUAACAUUACCCCUCCAGGUAUCUCUCUAGCUAAUGUCAGAAUAACAAUGUGUAGUUCAAGCAAAUGGCAAGUUUUUUUUUUUUUUUUUCAUUUUAAGCUAAUAUAAUAUGUAAUUUAAACCGGUAACCAUGUUGGCUAGCAAGCUAGCUAAUAUUAGGCUAUUAUACUGUCUAGCAAGUGUUAGACUAAUAUCAUGUAGUUUAAACACAUGACAAGCUCGUUAACUUCAAGUUGUGCUAUUAUGUUUGCUAGCAAAUCAAGCCCAUUUUUAAAUCAAAUAUUUCAUUUUAAUUAUUUUGUGUAGUAAAACCAGUAUUUUAUGCUGAGCAUACUUAAUAUUGAAGAAGUUUCAUGUGUCUGGAUUGAAAUUGACUGAUCAUGUUUAAUUUAAGCUCCGCCCUCGCUGAGACAGAGAUGCCUGUCACUUGCAAAUUCAGGACCUUUUUUUUUAUGGCUCUAAGGCUUUAAGCGAGUUUGCGGUACAGUAAAAAGGCUCUCUGUUCAGGGUAAAAAAAAAAAAAAAAAAAAAAGGCUUUCCGUAUCCCCUCUCAGCCUAGACGACCGCACCUGUGCAAAUGUUUACACCCCCGUUACUCAACACUAUGGAGGACACCGGACUCAGACUGAAAAUGACUACACCACAUGAACUGCUGUACUUUCUAUUCAUCUGUCACUUUGUUUGCUUUUAUACGCUUUCUAUAUUAUUAUUAUUAUUAUUAUUAUUAUUAUUAUUAUUAUUAUUAUUAUUAUUAUUAUUAUUAUUAAGCAAUGCAGUGUUUUCCCGCAUUAGCUUAGGUGCUAAACGGUUCAACUGCAACAGAAAUUGGCAUCCUGUCUGCAUCCUUCUUAAAGUCCUAGUGUGAAAUUGGCAAAAUAUACAGAUGUUAAGUAUACAGUUGGGUCUGGAAGUCUGAUUCCGUGAACAAGGACUGUUUUUAUUUCAUCAGUCAUUAAAAACAAAUAUAAAAUUCAGCUGGAAAUCACAGAAAACAACUCACAGCCAUAACCACAGUCCUUCAAAAGAACCCUUUCCUAUUGUAUUGCUUUUAUACUGUUUUUACAAAGUAAAGGGGGAAAAGCGAAACAAAGAAACAUCAAAACAUUGAGUUAACAGUUAACUAUUUACUAUAUCGGUAGCUCAGUAUACAUAUUACACAUAGACUGUACACACUGUGCAUAUCAGAUUAGGUAUAUAGAUCUAUUAACUGAUAAUAUAGCAAUUUCUUAAGCGCCAUCACAAGUGGAAAUUUAUUUGAGUGAUUAUCAGUACACAGUAUGUGCCUAGAUCUAACCCUUCUAUACAUAAUCCUUCUUAUAUCACAAUUACAAAUUUUGGGGGGAAAAGAACAACACUUUUUAUCCAUUUAGAGUUACAUUUAAUGUUUUGGAGCACCCAUGGACCAAGCAACUUCCUGUUCUUACGUUAUAGAAGCUAUAAACAGCUGUUUCUGCACCAGCCUCUCUUUAUUUUCCUCUUAAUAAGUCCUUAAUAAGACAAAAAAAGUAGACCGGGGUCUUCCGUCUUGUCUGCAAAGAGCCGGUGUGGCUGCAGGCUUACAUUACAGUCAAAUUGGAGGCCCACUUGAUAGUUGCUUGGAGACUAAGAUGAACUGAUUAAACAAAUGGAAUCAGGCGUGACUCCUGCUUGGUUGGAAUGAAAGCCCGCAGCCACACCGGCCCUUUGAGGAUCAGACUGAAGACCCCUUAAGCAAACAGUCCUGAGUCAGAAAACUUUAAGUUUGUCAAAGUGAUGACACUGGAGACUCCUUCAUAAAUAUUAAAUAAACAUCUCCUUACCAAAAAUUAUACCAUACCAACCAUUGUAUUGUAUGCCUUUGCUAUGUCUUUGUUAAAAAACAAACAAAAACGUUUUUCAAUUCGAUUUAGUUUUUAGACUCGGAGUCUGUGGAGCAUCUGCCGUAUACCGUAAGACCCUGUGAAUAAGCUAUUACUAUAGAAACCAUAACGUAUUAGAACGAGUGCAUUCAUAUAAACCAGAGCUGCUGUUAUAGUAAAUGAAUGAACAUUUUCUGACCAAUGAGAAUCGAGCAUUCAACAGCGCUUUGGUAUAACUGUUAAAUAACUGAUGAAAUAAAAACAUGCUUUUGGACCUGACUGUGUGUGUAAUAAAAGUCACUGAGAUAUUAUGGUUAAGUUUUUGUUUUUUUUCAGUGUGUAUUAGCUUUUGGUAUUGAUCUAAUGUCUUAUUCAAUACAGAGUUAUAGAACAGUAAGUUUAAAGGUUGGCAUGUUGACUAAGUAUAACUAUUUUUAUUAUUUUAAUUAAUCGAGCCACGUUUGUGUCCUCUGCUCAUGAAAAGAAAUUAUCAUUUAUACACAAAGAAAAGCUGACAGGUAAAUAUAUGGGAGAAUAAAUAAAUAAAUAAUAGUGUCAGUGACAUUCGCUGAAGUCAACGAGUUCCCGCCCAACGUGGCCAAAUAAUCUAAUGUAAAUAAUGAAUCAAAAUAAUCUUCAUACAGUACUUUUACCUCAAAAACCUAUAUCUUUUUUAUAGAUAAUAGCUUUAUUUCUAUAGCACUUCAUGUAUUUUUAAUCAGCAUUCUCGUCGAGGUGCUCUGGACGCGCCAUCAGGAAUACAGGUUGAAUUUGUAAUAUACACAAGGCAAGUAUGUUCAUAAAGAAAUAAUGGGUUCAGCAAUUCUUUUGUAGAAAUCCAUUUGAAGAAAGCAGAUGCUUUUCUUUAGAUACUGGUGCCCCCAAUUCCCCACACCCCCAGCCUGGCUCUACCCAGAAUGCAUUGCUGAUGCCCUGGAUAGCAGUAUCGGGAUCAUGGAUUUCUGUAUGUGAUUUCAUGUAUGUUUUAAAUAAAGUUAAUAGACAUCUUC